AUGACAUCGGAACAAAAAGAUAGAAUUUGUAAUGGUAUUGAUACUCAAAUGAUGAUUGAAAAAUUCCAACAACAAGAACAAUCAAAAUCAACAAAUCUAACAUUGGAACAACAAACAAUCAGUGAUUCAAAUGGAAAUAAUCAAAAUGAUGAUAAUUGGAAAUCUGUUCAAACUCGUAGAAAUAUUAAUAAUAAAAAAAAGAUCAUUGGAAAUAAUAUUAUUGAUCAUAGUAUACAAUCUAAGGUGUUAUCUAAGUCAAGUCCAAUUCAUUAUCCAUCCAAUCAAAACCAAAUCUCUUCUUAUUCUCAUAGCAAUCAACAUCAAACAAAUAAAAGUGUAAAUCGAUUAUCAAUAACUAAUUAUGCAUUAGAUUAUGCUUCUAAUUACCACUUUCCACCAAUUAAAUUGGAAUGUUAUCCAAAAAUUACUGAAAGAAAAGAAGGUACAAGGUUGAUUAAUGAUUUAAUUAAGACCAUUACACCUGGUUUUCUCACUCAAAAUCCUUGUUUUUCAAACGAUAUUUUUGUUGAUCUCUGGUGGAUUAAUCCUGAAGGAAACAUCCAAUUGAUUAUUAAAUCAACUGAUCUUUAUGUUUACCUAUGUAAAAAAGAUCGUUAUCCAAAUCAAAUAAAUAAUGUUAAAAUUAAUCCAAUUCCUCCUAAUCAUUUACCACCUCAACACACGGUGAUAAUUAAAUGGGUUAAUAAUUCAUUCAUAGAUGAUGAUAUUCGUGAUGAAUUAAACAUGAAAUUUGAAAGUAUAUUCCUCAUCGAAUCAAUGCAUGGAACUAUGAAUGAAAAAAAUCGUCACAUGAAAGUGGAAAUAUUAGAAAAAAAAGAAUAUAUUAAAAUAUUGAAUAGUGGAAAAAUUAAUUUAGGAGGACAAUUAUAUUCUGUCGACGAAUAUCUUCCAUCUCCACGAAUUUUAAUUUGCAAUCGUUGUAACCUUCCCGGUCAUACAAAAAAGUCUUGUCGAAAUUCAGAUGUUGAUAUAUGUCGUAGAUGUGGUAAACCAAGAACAAACAUUAAAGAACAGAUGGAUUGUGAAAUUAAAUGUCAUCAUUGUCAAGAAAAACAUUUAGCCAAUGAUUAUAAAUGUAAAAUCAUUGAUAAAUAUCGACGUGAAUUGAUUGAUGAGCUUAAGAAACAUCCAGAAAGAAUGCCAGCUGAAGUUCAAUUGUUUAUUCCAACUGAAUACCGUUCUGAUGAUCGUAAAAAGAUGAUUUAUAAUGAAAAAGCUUACCAGCAAUAUCAAUGUAUACAGCAACAACAACAUUACAAUAAAAUUGAUGAAAUUGGAUGGCCUUUAUUGAAAACAAAUAAUUCUUCAACAUCAACAUCUGCUGUUUCAACCGACAUUUGUAUGGCAAUUAAAAACUUAUCUGAAGAAUUGAAAGAAGAAAAGAAGAGAUUUGAGAUUGCACAAAAACAAAUUGAAGAUAAAUAUAAAAAUAUUGUUCAAUCAACGAAUCAAGUUUUGCUUUUGGUUAAACAAGUACAACAAACACAAGAAACAACAAUUUCUACUAUGAGUAAAGUAUUAAAUCAAGUUCUUGUUCCUGUAUGUAGCAAAUCACUAGAGAAUUUAGAAUUAGUUAUUACAAAAUUAAAAACACGUGUAAGAAAUAUUGAACUUGAUGAUGUGAUUGAAUUAAUAAAUAAUCAAAUAUCCUACAUAAAUGAAGCGUAUAAAGAAUUUGAUCGUCAUCAAGAAGAAUUGAAAAUGAUUUCUGACAAACAAAAUGAAACUAUGGCAACAGCUAUGGACAAUAUGCUUCAACUCAUAAAUGGAUAA